GUUGUACUUAGCGGUCUAAGUCGGCGGUGGGGGGGGUAUCAUGACUAUUUAUAAUCAACAAUUCAGCGUUAUCUUCUCCCCGUUAUUCUCCGGUGUGGUCGCACGGCGGCGGAGAACUGUGACGCGGACCGCGACACGCCGCGCCAUGUGAGGACAGCUGGUGUGCAGUGACUGUCCCUUCUCGCCCCCUGCUCUACCUACCGGCCGUAGGGCCCCUGAACUCAGAUCGCUGCUCCUGAACCCAUGGCUUGUGGCCCCUCAUCGCUGGCCACAGGCCCCCGGGCCGGACCGGUCCAGUCCCUCCUGGGCCCCACGCUGCUGGUCUUACUUGUGUCAGGACUGGGACCAGCGUUCUGCCAGAAGAUCUACACCAACACCUGGGCCGUCCAGAUCCCUGGAGGCCAGGAGGUCGCCGAGCAGGUGGCCAGCAAGCACAGCUUCGUCAACCUGGGCCACGUAUUCGAUGAUAUCUAUCACUUCAAACAUCGCACAGUGGAGAAGAGGUCCCUCUCCAACCACCGGGGAACGCAUGUCCGCCUGCACAGAGAACCCAAGGUGGUGUGGGCUGAGCAGCAGGUGGUCAAACAGCGACGGAAGCGGGACGUUUACACAGAGCCGUCAGACCCAAAGUUCAGAGAGCAGUGGUACCUGAACAACGCCAACCACCGCGACCUGAACGUGAAGGGCGCCUGGGAGCUGGGCUUCACCGGGAAGGGGGUGGUGGUUUCUAUUCUGGACGACGGCAUCGAGCAGAACCACCCCGACUUGGCACAAAACUAUGACCCUGAUGCGAGCUAUGACGUCAACGACGGGGAUCCAGACCCCCAGCCUCGUUACACACAGCUGGACGACAAUCGGCACGGGACGCGUUGUGCAGGAGAGGUCGCAGCUGUGGCUGACAAUGGAAUAUGCGGCGUUGGCGUGGCUUAUAAUGCAAAGAUCGGAGGUGUGCGCAUGCUGGACGGGGAGGUGACGGACGUGGUGGAGGCCCAGUCCCUCAGCCUGAACCCGCAGCACAUCCACGUGUACAGUGCCUCCUGGGGGCCAGAGGACGAUGGCAAGACGGUGGACGGCCCCGCCAAGCUGGCCAAGGACGCCUUCCUGCGCGGCGUCACAGAGGGCCGCGGCGGUCUUGGCUCCAUCUUCGUGUGGGCGUCGGGGAACGGCGGGCGGGAGAAGGAUAGCUGCAACUGCGACGGCUACACGGACAGCAUCUACACGCUGUCCAUCAGCAGCUCCACCCAGAACGGCAACGUGCCGUGGUACAGCGAGGCCUGCUCCUCCACCCUGGCCACCACCUACAGCUCGGGGAACCUCAACGAGAAGCAGAUUAUCACCACAGACCUGAAGUCGAAGUGCACCGACUCCCACACGGGGACGUCGGCCUCCGCCCCGCUGGCCGCCGGCAUCAUCGCCCUCGCCCUGGAGGCCAACACCAACCUGACCUGGAGGGACAUGCAGCACCUGGUGGUCCGCACCUCCCACCCCGCCCACCUGCUCACCAACGACUGGAAGACCAACGGGGUCGGACGCAGAGUGAGCCACUCGUACGGCUAUGGCCUGCUGGACGCCAGCGCCAUGGUGACGCUCGCCAGGAACUGGACCAGCGUGGGCCCGCAGCAGAAGUGUGUCCUGUCCAUGAUCGCAGCACCCAGGAACAUCGGCACCCACCUGGUCAUCAAGAAGAGCGUGGACGGCUGCCUGGGGACGGCCAAUCACGUGAGCUCUCUGGAGCACGUGCAGGCCCAGCUUACCCUGUCCUACAAUCGCCGCGGCAACCUGGCCAUCCACCUCACCUCCCCUUCUGGCACCCGUUCCACACUGCUGGCCCCAAGGCCCCAUGACUACUCCUCAGAGGGCUUCAACGACUGGGCCUUCAUGACCACGCACUCCUGGGACGAGCGGCCCAGCGGAGAGUGGACCCUGGAGAUCGAGAACCAGGCGGGGGUCAGCGACUACGGGACCCUGACCCAGUUCACCCUGGUGCUGUACGGGACCGGCCAGGCCUGGCCCAGCCCCUCAGACGCAGACCUGGUCCCGCCGGUCAGCCGGAGCUGCAAGACCCUGGACCUCAGGCAGAUCUGCAUCGAAUGCACGGCGGGCUACUUCCUGUUCCAGCAGUCGUGUGUGACGGAGUGCCCUCCAGGGUUCAGCGCGGGCCUGCUGCCCAUGAACUACACUGUGGGCAACGGGGUGGAGCCGGCCCAGGUGCCCAGCUGCCUGCCCUGCCGGCCGCCCUGCCUGACCUGCAGCGGCCUCAGCCCGCGGGCCUGCCUGUCCUGCCCCACCCACUCCCACCUGGACGCCGCCGCCGGCUCCUGCACGCACCUCAACCAGUUUGAGCGGGAGACGCCUGGCGGCUUCAUGGAGGGGCUGCGGCCCCCUGCCUCGCGGCUGCCCGCCGCCGUGGCGAUGCUGAGUUGCGUGGGCAUCAUGGCCACCUUCGGCGGAGUGUUCCUGGCGCUGCAGCUGCGCUCCGGCCCCCUGCGGUUGCCGCCCGCCCUGGAGGCGGGGGGUCUGCGGGAGCGGCUGGGCCUGGGGGGCGGGGCCCGGCGCGCGGCGUCCUACCACGGCAUCCCCACCGUGUGGGGCGACGACGCGCUGAGCUCGGACUCAGACAACGACGACUUUGGCUUCCGUGGCGAGAGGAAAGCCUUCAUCAAAACGCAAAGUGCUAUUUAGUGACCCUGCCCCCCUGGUGGGCCCGCCCCCUGGUGUCCCGCCCCCUCCCCCCUGGUGUCCCUCCCCCUGGUGUCCCGCCCCCUCCCCCCUGGUGUCCCUCCCCCUGGUGUCCCGCCCCCCUGGUGUCCCUCCCCCUGGUGUCCCUCCCCCAGGUGUCCCGCCCUACCUGUCCUGCUUUUACAAUUCAGUUAACCUCCUCUCUUUUGGGGGCUCUUGUUUUUGAUAAUCAGGGCUGUGCUGUCUAUUCACUGUCUCUUCCUGCUCUUCCUCCUCCUCCCCCCCCCUCCCUGGUGUGUCUGACCCAGAGGCUGCCUUCAGCUCUUCCGGUUCACACUUGGGUUCUUUUCUAUUAACCCGGUUCCCGCCUGACCCGCCCCCCUCCCUGUCCCCGGAGAGUCGGUCCUGAGACUGGGUGACAGCGCUGACCUCCUCUGAGGCUGCGCCUCCUCCUUCAGGCCUAAAAGCAGCGUGUGUGUGUGUGUGUGUGUGUGUGUGUGUGUGUGUGUGUGUGUGUGUGUGUGUGUGUGUGUGUGUGUGUGUGUGUGUGUGUGUGUGUGUGUGUGUGUGUGUGUGUGUGUGUGUGUGUUCAAAGUACGAUCAUAGAAAGAGAAUGGUAGUAGGUGAUUUAUAUAUAGAUCUCUAUGUGUAUGUACAGAAAUCUCAUUUCAAAAUCUAAUUUCUGAAUCUCAGCUGCUCACAGACUUUAUAAACUUAACUGGUUUACACGAGGAGCCGGUCUGAGAGGGCUGUGAUCCACGACCCUCUGAACGCCGCCUACUCUUCCCGGCGCCGGACCUCAGCCCUUGUGUUCCCGAGUCUGAGUUCAUCCUCAGAGCCAAUCAGAGAGCAGAGUCUGCGUGUGGCUAUGCGUCGUCUUCCUCUGCGGGGCGGGGGUCCUGCUAACCAGGAGGUCCCCGUCCAGGCGUCCGGUGUAGACCGGCUGAGGUGGACCCUCCACCUCCAGGUGCCUGGGGGGAAGGUCCUAAAAUACGGUAGCCCUCACAGCACAAACCUCCCGGGGGCCGUGCAGCUCUUAGCUCUGUGAUUUGUCUAACUGGGAGGUGGGUCGUCAACACGCGGUCAACGUCUGGUCUUCAUCCCCCUCCUCCUCAGCCAGCAAAGGACCACCGUAACAACGUGGCUCAUCCCGGAGACCCUCUAGCAAUAUCUCAACAUCGGCUUCUCCGUCUCCCGAAGAGGUUCAGCGUGGAACCAUAGGAUUCAUUCAUCUGUAUGUUCUGCAAUGAGGCAGAGCCAUGGCCGGUUGUCAUGGUGAUGACCUGCAACAUGCUCCUCAUCCUCAUCUACCUCUGAGGAAGAGCAGCGCCGAUCGUCAGUGGUGGUCCUACCAGUCUGGGAGGGUCUGCUGGACUUGGAGUCUAAUUUAGAUAUAUGUUUAAAUAAGUUGUUUAUUCUACAAAUUUACUUGGUUUCACAUUUGUCUUCCAAAUGUUUGUUUUAUUGGUUCAUGAUUAUUAUUAUUUUUGUUUAAAGGCAAACCUAAAUCUUAUUCCAUGUGAUUGGUCGAUGAAACGUCGAGUUGAGGGAUGGUUCUGGAACGAGCGUUCAGAACGAGUUCUCCUCCGACGCUCGAUUGAACCGCAGGGUUUAAUAUUUACUACGUUCUGCUCCGCAAUCGGUUGACAAUCACUUCGGGUUUUCUAUUUGGGGGGUCGGGACGUUAGUUUGAACGUUGUACAACGAUGUUAGUUUAAUUUAAAGCAUUAAUUCCUUUCUUUGGAAAGGGCUCCGUCUGUAGAGAUUAUAAUCAGAUAAGAAUUGCAAUGCCACGUUUAGAAAAUCAUACAAAUGUAGGACUUAAACAAGGGGAAGUAAAUGUCAGUUUGUUCUUGACUGUUAGAACUACAACCCGUCUAGAGGCAGAAUAACGAACACGUACUUGUGUUCUUGUCCACUAGGAGGCGAGCUGGGGCGUCGUGUGAUCAUCUUAGUGCCUGAUUCCAUCCCGGCUAUCCCACCAGUCAACAGUGAUUUUCUAAGUCGUUGAGCACACACCUUUAUAUUGGAUACUACACUACAUUAUGAUAAUCAUUUGACUAAAUAUGCACAGCGCAGCUACUUCAACUAAACGCAUGUCAUUCUUCAUUUUUGAAUAUAGCCUAUAAUGUAAACAUCGACGCAUUUCCACUUUUCUUUAUUUGGUUUGACCCCAUCGAUUCACCAGGAAUUCAGAAACUCCAAAAAGUACUGAAUUUCAAGAACCUUCAAGUGUGGAGGAUUGAAAAGUUUGAAAUGCUGUUCAUGGAUAUUUCAGAAAGACUCUGAGCAUAUUGUACAGUAAAGAACAGGUUAUACAGUGCCUACCAUACAGGUGAGGAACCCUCAUCGGCUCUCUGUCCCAGUGCAGAUCAGGAUUAUUGAUUAUUUGUGAAUAAUGAAAUCUGCGCGUGGUACCAAAGAGGAACUCAUUGACGGGUGAACUCCUGCUGUGAGGCGGUUGUCAUGGUCCCACCGUUCAGUUCUGCUGCUGGUUGAACCGUUCUUCUGCGAGCGGCUGCUCUCUGAAGACCUGAGGUCGCGUCUCUCCAGCGCCCAGCACGUGGUCAGAAUGUAUCGCCGCCGUCAUUAAGGGCUCAGCGGAGCCACGUGGGCGGUGCGGUGAACCGCAGGGCUGAUGGUACUCGAUUGUGACCCGCUGGGUCCCUGGGACCGUCGGGGCCGCAUACCCCCCCCCCCCCCCCCCGGCCCCUGAUAAUCCUAUAGAGGACCUUCGUGGAUAGGAGCUCAAACCAGGCCUAUUUUUGUACUCUAUGAACCGUUCAGUGUCAUUUUCUUGUAAUUUAAUGCUUUUUUUUGCUCUUAUUUUUCCUGUGUUUUAUUUAAUUGAUGUCAAUUAUAGAUUCUACUAAAAAAAUAAAGAUCUAUGCAAAUUUC